AUGGAGAUCGCCCCGGCCCCGCCACCGCCCGCAGACCGGGACGUCCCAGACGAUGCCGCGUCGGCAGACGCCGUCAAGACGUCGUCGUCGUCUAAGGAGAACGAAGCGAACGCGGCGGCGACGACGUCGUCUUCGUCGGUGGCGGUGAAAUACGACGACGAGGAAGAGGAGGAGGACGUGUGCCGGAUCUGUAGGAACCCGGGCGACGCCGAUAACCCGCUCCGGUACCCGUGCGCUUGUAGCGGGAGCAUCAAGUUUGUGCACCAGGAUUGCCUCCUUCAGUGGCUCAAUCACAGCAAUGCUCGCCAAUGCGAGGUUUGCAAGCAUGCAUUUUCCUUCUCUCCUGUUUAUGCCGAGAAUGCCCCUGCAAGGCUGCCUUUUCAAGAGUUUGUAGUUGGGAUGGCAAUGAAAACAUGCCAUGUUCUGCAAUUUUUUCUGCGCCUUAGCUUUGUGCUUUCUGUUUGGCUCCUCAUUAUACCUUUUAUUACAUUUUGGAUAUGGCGGCUGGCUUUUGUGAGGAGUUUUGGUGAAGCUCAGAGACUAUUCCUAAGUCAUUUAUCCACUACAGUCAUCCUCACUGAUUGUCUGCAUGGGUUCCUACUUUCUGCUAGCAUCGUGUUUAUUUUUCUCGGAGCCACUUCUCUGAGAGAUUAUUUCAGGCAUUUACGUGAGCUUGGAGGACAGGAUGCUGACAGAGAAGAUGAAGGGGAAAGAAAUGGUGCUCGUGCUGCAAGAAGAGCUCCUGGACAAGCUAACAGGAAUUUUGUUGGUGAUGCAAAUGGGGAAGAUGCUGCUGGGGCACAAGGGAUUGCUGGAGCAGGUCUAAUGAUUAGAAGGAAUGCAGAAAACGUUGCUGCUCGAUGGGAGAUGCAGGCAGCUCGUCUUGAAGCUCAUGUUGAACAGAUGUUUGAUGGUUUGGAUGAUGCUGAUGGGGCAGAGGAUGUACCGUUUGAUGAGCUCGUUGGCAUGCAGGGACCUGUAUUUCACUUAGUUGAAAAUGCGUUCACUGUUCUGGCCAGCAAUAUGAUAUUCCUUGGUGUAGUAAUCUUUGUGCCUUUCUCAUUAGGUCGGAUUAUACUCUAUCAUUUAUCCUGGCUUUUCUCCACUGCUAGUGGUCCAGUUUUGUCAACAGUCAUGCCACUCACAGAAUCAGCCCUUUCCUUGGCAAAUGUGACAUUGAAGAAUGCAGUAACAGCUGUAACGAAUGCAUCAUCUGAAAGCCAACAAAGUGGUAUGGUUGACCAGGUUGCAGAGAUCUUGAAAGUGAACAUGAGUGGACUAAAUGAGGUUUCAAACAAUGUAAGUUCACCACUUUCAGCAGACUUCUUGAAAGGGGCAACACUUGGAACUUCAAGGCUCUCUGAUGUUACAACUCUUGCUAUUGGAUACAUGUUUAUAUUCUCCCUAGUUUUCUUCUACCUUGGCAUUGUUGCUUUGAUUCGGUACACUAAGGGUGAGCCAUUGACUAUGGGAAGGUUUUAUGGUAUUGCUUCAAUGGCAGAGACAAUUCCAUCUCUCUUCAGGCAGCUUUUGGCAGCAAUGAAGCAUUUGAUGACAAUGAUUAAGGUUGCUUUCCUUCUAGUUAUUGAACUGGGGGUGUUUCCAUUGAUGUGUGGAUGGUGGCUAGAUGUAUGUACUAUAAGGAUGUUUGGGAAGUCGAUGUCGCACAGGGUUCAAUUUUUCUCAGCAUCUCCUUUAGCCAGCUCACUGGUCCAUUGGGUUGUAGGAAUUGUAUACAUGCUACAAAUAAGUAUAUUCGUCAGUCUUCUUCGAGGGGUUCUGCGUAAUGGAGUUCUUUAUUUCCUUAGAGAUCCCGCUGAUCCAAACUACAAUCCCUUCCGUGAUCUUAUUGAUGAUCCUGUGCACAAACACGCUCGCAGGGUCCUGUUAUCUGUUGCGGUUUAUGGGAGUUUAAUUGUGAUGCUGGUGUUUUUACCAGUUAAAUUAGCUAUGCGGAUGGCACCCUCCAUUUUUCCUCUUGACAUCUCGGUAUCUGAUCCAUUUACUGAAAUUCCUGCAGACAUGCUUCUUUUUCAAAUAUGCAUUCCAUUUGCCAUUGAGCAUUUUAAAUUACGGACAACGAUUAAAUCCCUCCUCCGUUAUUGGUUUACGGCAGUUGGCUGGGCACUUGGUUUAACUGAUUUCUUGCUGCCCAGACCUGAGGACAAUGCAACUCAGGAAAAUGGAAAUGCAGAGCCAGGAAGACAGGAUAGACUACAGGUUCAACUGGGGGUACAGGACCAGGCUUUGGAGGCACUUCCAGGUGGUGGUGAUCCAAAUGGAAGCAUUCUUGCAUCAGGGGACUCAAAUGUCGCGGAAGAGUAUGACACAGAUGAACAAUCUGAUUCUGAACGAUACAGCUUUGUGCUUCGCAUUGUACUCUUGUUGGUGGUGGCUUGGAUGACUUUACUUGUAUUCAACUCUGCCUUGAUAGUUGUACCAACCUCACUGGGAAGGGCGAUUUUCAAUGUCAUUCCUUUUCUCCCUAUAACUCAUGGCAUCAAGUGCAAUGCUGGAGUUAGAUACUCCAUCGAGCAUAUUAGAACAAAAAGGGUUGCAGUUCUGUUGGGGCAGAUUUGGAAGUGGUGUGCCAUUGUUAUCAAGAGUUCUGUGCUUUUGUCAAUAUGGAUUUUUAUCAUUCCUGUAUUGAUUGGGCUGCUCUUUGAGCUUUUGGUGAUCGUGCCGAUGCGCGUGCCUGUUGAUGAAAGCCCAGUAUUCCUGCUUUAUCAGGACUGGGCAUUAGGACUUAUUUUUCUCAAGAUAUGGACUAGACUGGUUAUGUUGGAUCACAUGAUGCCACUGGUAGAUGAAAGCUGGCGACUAAAGUUUGAAAGAGUGAGGGAUGAUGGUUUCUCUAGGCUGCAAGGUCUAUGGGUGCUUCGCGAGAUUGUAUUUCCAAUCAUAAUGAAGUUGUUGACUGCCCUGUGUGUGCCUUAUGUACUUGCCAGAGGGUUAUUUCCUGUUCUCGGCUACCCAUUAGUAGUCAACUCAGCAGUUUAUCGGUUUGCUUGGCUGGGGUGCCUUUGCUUUAGCCUGCUGUGCUUUUGUGCCAAGAGAUUCCAUGUCUGGUUCACCAACCUUCACAACUCUAUACGGGAUGACCGGUAUCUAAUUGGUCGUAGGCUUCAUAACUUUGGAGAAGCCAUCGUGGAGAAGCAAAAUGAAUCUGGGACAUCGUGUGAAAUGCAGGACUCUAAUUUUGAGGCCAGUGGUUUAAUUCGACACGAUCGAGAAGCUGAUGUAGGACUCCGACUAAGGCGUGCAAACCGACUUGAAGCUUAA